UGUCACUCACGCGCGCGACAACGCCAGUAAACCGGUCGCGUUCGUGGAAUCUCACGGUCUCUCGUGGCCGCCGCUGACCGGUCGGGCGGCCUAGCCUGGCCAGGCGCGCAAAACCUCAGCAGGAACUCGCCUUCCAAGUUCCAAGCUUAGCCGCAGCCGCACCUUCAAGGCGCCUUCUUCCUCCUCCGCGCAUGCGCCCCGUCGCCUCAAUGCUCGGACACUUCGUGCGUCCCGGAAAUGUGUAUAUCUGUGCGACCUCUCCAGUGCUCGGGGCACACUUGCGCUUCGCCGCGCCGCUGAAGGGGUCCAAGCAUGACGCACCAAGGCGCCAGCGACGACAUGGACUCGUCAUGGCCGAGCGGCGGCGGCGCCGCCGUCGCCGGCCCUCCCACGGCGCCCGUGGCGGCGGCCGCUGGGGGUGUCUUGACGGUCGGCAGCAUCACCACAGUGGCCGGCACUCUCCUCAUCUUCGUGGUCAUCGCUGCCGGGCUCGUCUCCCUGCAGUACUUCUUCGACGCGCGGGACGACGACGACGACAGGGGAAGCAGCCACGGCGGCCAGGCGCCGCGGCGACGUGGCGGUGGCGGUGGGAUCCGGGCCGCCAGGGGCGUCGACCGGGAUGUGCUCCGCUCCUUGCCGAUCACCGUGUACCGCGCGGCGGCGCCGGGUUCGGGGAAGGAGGAGGACGCGGUGGAGUGCGCGGUGUGCCUCGCCGAGCUUGAGGACGGCGAGGCGGCGCGGUUCCUGCCCCGAUGUGGCCACGGCUUCCACGCCGAGUGCAUCGAUACGUGGCUGGCGUUCCACACCACCUGCCCGCUCUGCCGGCUCACCGUCUCCAAGCCCGACACGUCUCCGGCGCCUGCCCUGGCCGUCCUUCCGGUGCCGCCAGAGCCGGCGAACUACGCGGACCAUGCCGCGACCGUGAACCUGCCGGCGAGCGUGCUCCUCGGGGUGUCCGGAUGCCGCAACUUGCUCCAGCCAUCAGAGUUGUCGCUUAUGCCACCUCCUGAGUCCUGA